UCCGCACUACAUUUCCCAGAAGUCCACUGCGUGUCGUCUGUCGGGUGUGUGAGAGAAAGAUGAAAACUGGAUCAUAUGCAGACUUUGAUAUAGCAUCAAUGGAGGACCUGUGGCAGGUGUAACCAAUACUGUACCCUCACCUGACAUCAGCAACCGUACAAGAAUGGAGACUACUUUUGGAUCUACAUUUCCAGCAGUUCCCCAAGUAGCUAAAGUGGAAACUAAUUACAAACAGCACCGCAGGACCCCUUCAUCAUCUAGCACCUUGACCUACUCCCCUCGUGAUGACGAUGAUGGCAUGCCACCCAUCAGUACCCCUCGUCGCUCAGACUCUGCCAUUUCAGUUCGUUCCCUGCUCUCUGAGUCCAACAUGUCACUGCGCUCCACCUUUUCCUUGCACGAGGAAGAGGAAGACACAGAGCCACAGGUGUUUGCGGAACAGCCCUCCAUUAAGCUUUGUUGCCAGCUGUGCUGUAGUGUGUUCAAGGACCCUGUGAUCACAACCUGCGGACACACAUUCUGCAGGCGAUGUGCCUUGACCUCAGAGAAGUGCCCAGUGGAUAACUCCAAGCUCACAGUGGUAGUAAAUAACAUAGCAGUUGCUGAGCAGAUCGGUGAACUCUUCAUCCACUGCAAGUACGGCUGUCAGCCAGCUGCCUCGGGCAAGCCUGGUUCUUUUGAGGUUGACCCACUUGGCUGUCCUUUCACUAUCAAGCUCACCACCAGGAAAGAUCAUGAAGGAAGCUGUGACUACAGACCUGUUCGCUGCCCAAACAACCCCAACUGUCCUCCAUUGCUCACUAUGAACCUGGAGGCCCAUCUGAAAGAGUGCGAACACAUUAAAUGCCCUCAUUCCAAAUAUGGCUGCACCUUCAUUGGGAAUCAGGACACAUAUGAGACACAUCUGGAUGUGUGUAAGUUUGAGGGACUGAAAGAGUUUCUGCAGCAGACGGACGACCGAUUCCACGAGAUGCAGGUGACACUGGCACAGAAAGACCAGGACAUCUCGUUCCUGCGCUCCAUGCUGGGCAAACUCUCUGAGAAACUGGACCAGCUGGAGAAGAACUUGGAACUAAAGUUUGAUGUGCUGGAUGAGAAUCAGAGCAAGCUCAGUGAAGAUUUGAUGGAAUUCCGGAGAGAUGCUUCCAUGCUAAAUGAUGAACUGUCCCACAUUAAUGCCAGGCUCAAUAUGGGUAUACUGGGCUCCUACGACCCUCAGCAGAUCUUCAAAUGCAAGGGUACCUUUGUGGGCCACCAGGGUCCAGUGUGGUGUCUGUGUGUGUAUUCUACUGGUGAUCUUCUCUUUAGCGGAUCAUCAGAUAAGUCCAUUAAGGUUUGGGACACAUGCACCACAUACAAGUGUCAGAAGACCCUAGAGGGCCAUGACGGCAUUGUGUUGGCAUUGUGCAUUCAGGGGAACAAGCUAUACAGCGGCUCAGCUGACUGCACAAUUAUUGUUUGGGAUAUACAGACCCUGCAGAAAGUAAACACAAUCCGGGCGCAUGAUAACCCUGUGUGCACUCUGGUAUCGUCCCACAACAUGCUCUUCAGCGGCUCCCUCAAAGCAAUUAAGGUGUGGGAUAUUGUCGGCACAGAGCUGAAGCUAAAGAAGGAACUGACUGGUUUGAAUCACUGGGUUCGUGCUCUGGUUGCUUCACAAAAUCAUCUGUACAGUGGAUCCUAUCAAACCAUAAAGAUCUGGGACAUCCGUUCUCUGGAUUGCAUCCAUGUGCUCCAGACCUCUGGAGGCAGUGUGUACUCCAUUGCCGUCACCAACCACCAUAUAGUUUGUGGCACCUAUGAGAACCUCAUUCAUGUUUGGGACAUUGAGUCCAAAGAGCAGGUGCGGACGCUGACGGGCCACGUGGGCACAGUGUACGCCCUGGCUGUCAUCUCCACCCCAGAUCAGACCAAAGUGUUCAGUGCCUCUUAUGACCGUUCUCUCAGGGUUUGGAGCAUGGACAACAUGAUCUGCACCCAGACUCUGCUACGGCACCAGGGCAGCGUGACGGCGCUCGCCGUGUCCAGGGGAAGACUCUUCUCUGGGGCUGUAGACAGCACAGUGAAGGUGUGGACGUGCUAAACACUUUAGAUAAUCAGCAGAAGUUGUGUCAUCAAUACUGAAGGAACUGAGAUGCAUAGGCUUACAUAUGAAAAGAGUACCAAUGUGAAUUUUUUUUGUUUCAAGAGAGCAUCUCAACAUAUAUUGGACCAGAAAGGUUUUUCUACUCAUUUAUCAUUUUUAUUGUUUUGGAUUUGGGCAUCUGCCCCUUAUGCAUUUUCAUUACACAGCAAAGAGUAGACGAGAGUUAUGUGAAUAAAGCUUUAAGGUGCCCUUUGCUUUCCACAUACUUUCUUUAUGAAGCUCAUACCAGACACCUCUUGUGAGCAUGCAAAACACCCAAAGGUAUUUUUGGACAGCCAUUGGAGAGCACUCCACGUAUAUGGCAACACUGUAUUUUAUGUACAUAAAUAAGAUAAAUUCAGAUUAACGUGGAGAUUUAUUUCAAGUAUUAUUAUUGAUUUUGAUCUGGAUCUACUGUAAUACUUAAUGCAGUCCAAGAUCAUGUUCCCUGAAGACCACGGCAAUGUUUUUGUGUCGCUGCUCUCAGAGGUGACUUUUGAACUCUGAACUUUGUGGGUUAUAGUCUCACGACUGAGUGAGUGCCUAAGCUUCAGAAUGAUGCCAAUGGAGAUGCAUGGAGAUUCUUAUACAGAGCAAUCACUCUGCCUGUGCAGGGAGCAUCGACUGGGCUGAAUGGAGGCCUACACUAAACCAACUUGGGCCUACUGCAGUGCAUUGUUUUGGAGAACACAGUGCCCAUGUUUUUAUCUCAAAUUUGAGGGUGCCAACUGAGCUUCUGCUCAGCCAUUUUAUAACUGCUUGUUGAUGUAUGUGAAACCUUUGUAUGAUGGUGUAAUUACCUGCUCAUUCAUCAUGCUUUUGUGUAAAUAAUGCAAUGUUUCCUUACCAAAGGGAAAACUGCUUCAUGCAUUUUCCAUGUUUGUCAUGGAAACCAAGCAAGUAACAAUUCCACAUGUAAUUGGAAUUAGCAUAAUUAGUUAAAUCACUUUGAACUAAGUAAAAGUAGUAAUAAUUAGUUUGAGUGAAAGCACUUACUAAAUCAUUAUCAAUCAACCUGGGCCAACAUGGAGGAAUAAUUGAGGCGAAUGCAGUGGUUUUGAAAGGGAACACUGCAUUGUGUUCAAUGUCGGGUUCCUCUCAAGCUCGUGCUGCAAGCUUCAGAAAGGCAUCAUUAACAGCUGCUACUUUGGAUAUUAUGGAGCUAAUCAACACAUUUUAGCAAGGGUUGUUCCUUCUCUUUGUACGUUUUAAGUCAGCAUCGAGACUUGUGCCUGAGAGAGGACGUGAAAUUGAGACUGUCCACUGCAAAUAUGAAAACGGUUGCUUAUAUAAAUCACAUAAGCCAGAUUUUACCAUUAAAGCAGUAUACAUUUUUAACGCUUGAAUUACAUGAACUGUCUGACUUUUAUAUUUAAUUUUAGUUCAACUUUUAUAUUCUUAAAGGGAUAUUUCACCCAACAAUAAAAGUUCUGUCAUUUACUCGCCAUGUUGUUUCAAACCUGUAUUAAACUAUCAUGGAACACAAAAGGAAAUGUUUGGCAGAAUGUUAGCCUCAGUCACCAUUCACUUUCAGUGAUUUAUUUUUUUCUCAAACAAAGUGAAUGGAAAUUAAUAUGACAGCUUUAGAACAUGAGGGAGAGUAAAUUACAGAAUUUUACAAAUAAAUUUGUUAAGGGCUCUUUGGUACCAGUUUGUUGGUCUUUUGAAAAGUACCCAAAUGCAUCGUGUUGAGCUAUUUCCAGCAAGGGCUACUGGUAUUCAGUAAUUGGACUGCGACAAGAAUGUUUGUAAAUAAUGUUUAUUUAUAGCAGGUGGCUGUUGGUGCAUUCACUGCAAGCACACCACUGUUCCCAAUGCCAGUCACAGCAGGUAUCAUACAAGUCAAUGGCAGAACAUCAACACAAUAUAUAGCCUGCACACACUGAGCAGUGCAAAUUCUUUUUUUUUUUUUUAUGUCUCUGCAAAUAGGAUGGAAAACAGCUUUCAUUAUUAAAUAACAUCUUGCACCAACAAUAAGUUUUACUUCAGUGUUUUUACAAUUUCAUUAUUUUCCAUUGUAUUUUUUUUUCAGGUAUUAGAAAAGUCAAAAGAAAAAACAAGCAAACAUGACAUUAAGAAAAUUACUGUAAUGAGAAUUUUGAGAAAUCAAGUUUUUAAAAAAAGGAUACUUUCAGUGACAAACAUCCAGGUAUAUACAAAGAAGAGUGGGGGAUGGGUGUGGACCCAGUACUUUGAAGCAAAAGGGAUGAUAAAGCUUUCAUAAAAGCUAUUCCCAAGCCAGACAUUUGCACUCUGUUCACAGAGCAGACCACAACAAAAAGGGAUAUAAUUCUGAACAUCUGGUGGAUAAAGCUGAAAGAGACCAUAUAUUGUCUACACAGUUGAAACAUGAAAGACUUCAGACAAAAUAAAACAAACAUAAGCAAGGCACAUACAUGUUUUAAAAAAACUUAACAUUGCAUAAUAUACAAAUUAUUUAAUCUGAAGACAUGGCAAUCCAAAAACUUAUCACAAAAAGCUACCUUAAAAAAGAAAACUGGAGUUCUAAAAAUUACCAUUUACAAUUAAUUUAAAACACUGAGCCAAGAAGACACUUUAAACUCUUAUCUCAAAUAAUUUCAGUUUCAUCAACAAGCCCUAUUGAUGCUGCAUCAUUAAAUACUUGUUGAAAACAUCUAUAAUAAAAUCUGUUCAUAACUUAAAUAUUACAAAUAUUCUUUAUGAGAUCAAGUGAAGGGAUUUUGCAAUUAUGGAGCUACUUCAAGUGAGUAGAGCAGUGUGGGACCUACACAUCACCUUUGGGCCCUUUUCUAUUCUAAUUACUCAACCAUUUCAGGACCAUCAUUUGGAUACUGUGGCAAUUCUAAUAAUGAGUAAGAAGAUUGUCAUGGCAACAUUGAGGAUGGUUAAAGUAACAGAGGACAGACAGUUUGCUGGCAAUGAGAUAAUGACAUUCAGAGGUUUGCAAGAGAUUCACUUGUGACCAGUGCCAUCAUAACAGCAAGCUGUGCCCUGCCAGUUACACCGGAAAACAUUACAUGUCCACAGAGACCAAACUUUAAUGUGUUCUGACUACAAAUGCAUCAUUCAUACUACCCUCAAAAUGUCCAUCUAAAGCUAUUUAAAGUGAUUCUCUGAAUUUAUUUAACCCCUGCAGAUACUGUUACAGUUGCUAGAAUGGAUAAUACAUAACCUACUCUUGGUCUCAGACUAGUGUUCUAGCUUUGGUCAUUAAGGACAUGCCUGUCUGUACAAUAUUGGGGAUGCAGUUAAAACAGGCACACCAUGGCACAUUCUCACCCUUAAACAGCUACUGAGCAAUGUGCUGACAUUAAAUAUCCAUUGGCAGAUGGAAAUGGUGUGCACCCAACCUUCAAACACAUCCAUAUUGCAGACUUCCACAAAAUCCUUGUAAGUUCACUACACUGUCCAUUCAAAGCUUCUCCUAUUCAUGUUUCUUUUAUAUUCCUGUUUUAUGUCUUCAAAAGUCCCAUGCACAUUCGCAACUUCCUCAUUUUGUGCUUCCUCUAACGUUCAACCUUCUCAAUCCUCAAUCACUAGACCAUUCCACUGAAGAAGGCUCCCAUUGUGCUCACCCGUUCCUCAGAGGUCACUCAUAAAGUAAAAGCCUACACAAUGGCCUAUCAUGGUGCUUUGCUGCCCAGUCAGUCAAAUCAUUUACAGACAGCGUUUUGUGUAUGAAGGUACCUCAUAAGGACACUGGAUUCAGCCUGAAUUCCCAGGCACCAUAACAUCAUGUCUAAUGAUCUAAAUCAAAUUCAAGUGAACUUGAGAUAACCAAGAAAAUAUUUUGUAAGUACAAUUCUUAUUUCUCAUAAGAAAAGAUGAGCAUUUAUAAAUAAAUGUAUUUCUUUCAAACACUCCUUUAUAUGCCAUUCUUAUUCUUUCAACCAACUGCUGAACUGCACACACAGGGUUGUGGAAUAUCAUUGGCGGAUGGGAACACAUCCAUGCUGCCUUCAAAAACCAACCAGAUGAAGGCAUCUUAGAAGACAGUUUGUUACACAAACAUUGGAUAUGGAUUUUCCUUGUUGCCUUCCUAUCUCUAUAUACUGCCAAUGAAGGCAGCAUUUUUCAUUUUUGGCACAGCCUGUGUAUCACCUUGCAGAUGGUUGAGGUAUUGAGGUGGUGCAGGAUGAGGUCAUUCCUCCUUGCCCAAUCAGAGCAUACCAUCACUUUUCACUGGCAUAAGGCAACGCCUAACACACAGACAUGGUGCCUGUCUUGCCUUGAUCGCAUGUUUGCUUGUGUGUUAGCAGCACUGAGGUCACCUCUCAUGUUAAGGCACAUGGGACACUGCACAAGAUAAGGGCAGGAAUAUAGAGAGAAAGGGAAGGGGAAAGCUGUGCAGGAAUGUAUGAGUUCACACAGGCAGAAAGUGAAUGGAAAGUAUAGGGUUACACUGCAGCACAGAGCGGGAGCCCAGAGCAAGCACAGAGCAAGGGGUCAAACAGCCACUUCAGUCACUACAUUCAACACAGCCCACGACACUCAUCAGCAGAACACAGCCAAACAUACAGGAAGUUUAAGCCAGCUGUAAGUUUUUUUUUAUAACUCCAUUAUAAUCAUAGAAAAAUCCACAUAUCUGUCAUCAAAGUUUAUAUGUAUUUUAAUGUCUCAACACUGUACCAUUUUACAUGAAAUAAAACCAUAAAAU